AUGCCCCGAGUCUUCUUUAUCACCGGGUGCUCGACCGGCCUGGGGAAAUCGUACGCCCAAUACGUCCUCCAGCGCGGCGACUACUGCGUUGCCACGGCGCGUAACAAGGACCAACUCCUGUCCUUCAAGGGCGCGACCGAGCAGAACUUCCUCCCACUCGCCCUCGACGUAAUGGACAAAGCCUCGAUAACGGCCGGAUUCAGCGCCGCGCUGGCCAAGUUCUCGCGCAUCGACGUCGUGGUCAACAACGCCGGGUACGGCCUUGCGGGGUGUUUCGAAGAGUACGACGAAGCCCAGAUCCGGCAGCAGAUGGAGGUCAACUUCUUCGGGUUGAUCGACGUCACGAGGGAGGCGCUGCGAAUCAUGCGCACCAAGAACUCGCCUCCGGGAGGUGUCAUCCAGCAGGUCACCAGUAUCGGCGGCCAGCGCGGCGUGGCAGGCUUCAGUCUGUACUGCGCGAGUAAAUGGGCCGUGGAGGGCAUGAGCGAGGCCAUCAGCAAGGAGUUGCGGCCCGAGUGGAACAUCAAGGUCACCUGUGUCGAGCCUGGCAGUUUCAGAACCGACUGGACUGGUCGGAGCAUGACAUUUGCGCCGCGGAUGCCUGAGUACGACCAUCUAGAUAUCAAGAAGUCAAUGGACGAGAGGCACGGCACCCAGGCGGGAGAUCCGGACAAGGGUGCUCGGGCCAUGUAUGAUCUGGCCCUGAUGCCCAACCCGCCCGUGCGCGUUGCCAUCGGUGAGGACUCGUAUAAUCUCAUCAUGAAGAAGCUGCAGGAGUACGAGGAGAACUACAAGGCGUACAAGGAGCUGAGUUGCUCGACCAAUUAUGACAACUAG